AUGCCCAAGUUUGUGAGGCGCCAGCCUCUCGCAGAACGCAUCAAGGGCUACCUCAACCCCUACGACUUCCUCCUGUGGCUGUCAGAAGAGCUUGAGUCCAGUGGCUGGGAUCAGCUGGAAAAGGAAUGGGCCACGCCUAUUGGUAUUGCGUUGAAUGUCAUCUUCAUCAUCGCAAGAGCCAAUUCAAAGUCCAAAACGACCAGUUAUGAUGAUGUGUUUGGCGAAAUCCCCGGAGUGGCCUGGACCACCUGGCUGGCCACCUUCAUUGUCCACUUCCUGACUUUGUUCUGCGUCGUCAACGCCGCCUACACCUUCUGGCGAAAAAGACAUUACCGCCUGUUCGAAACUUCCAUCGACGACGUGCCGAGCACCCCUUCGGCCAAACGGGUCCGAGUCGACUCCUCCCCCAUUUCCUCCUCGCCUCUACAGUUUCUUUCACGUAUCAUUGGGACAGAGACAGCACAGUCAAGGGCACACCCUGAUCCCACAAGAGAUGUCUGGGAAGUCGCCGUCUGGGAUCCCUUGCCUAUAUCUCUACGCUUGUUUUGCUACUUCAGUCCCGGCCAUAUCCUCGUUUACUGGCUCUUCCUGCCUACUCUCUCUUCUGAUCCUAGACCCAGCGUGACCAUUGCGACAGCCAUGUUCGUAGCUCUGCUCCUCUCCGCGCAACUACUCUUCCUUCAAUCAAGCUACUCGACGCAGGUUAAAGACUCUGCCUUGAUCUCCAAAGAAGUACUGCACGAGUACGAUACAAAAUACGUCAGACCACGGACUCAACCCUUGUACCGGGAUGUGGGCACUCAGUUCAGCGAGCAAGCCUCAUACAGCCCAAUUCGCGAUGAGAAGUACAACAAGGUCGAUGUCUACACGCCCAUGGUGGUCAUCAAUCGCGGUUUCAGACCAAAUCCAAACCCCAACUAUGCGAAAUAUGCGGAUCCUGAUGCAGCACCAUCUGGCACCAAUCUCCGACAACGAGCAACUACACCAAACUUCCGUUCACCAAUUCAAAAUGCACACCCUGGCACAGCCGUGAGACCUCUGGCUGGAAUGCGCCAACCAAACUUUCGACCAACGGCCACCGGGGGUGAGGGCGGGAGUCUUGGGGUAUACUCUCAUGCUGCCUCCCCCCUCCGGAAAAGUGCGUCUGCCAAUUUUUCCCGCGAGAAUAGGAUGAUGAGCCCAGAAAAGCGUGGGUCAAGUCCAGACAAGAGAUUGAGUGUGCCUGCUGGUACUGCCCCUCAAAGAUGGGCUCAGUUCCUGCCUGAUAAAUACCGAAGAGAGAGCGGUCGCUUUUGA